CUGUCACUCGACAUUAGUUUGAAUUGGAAAGACAGCAGCAACGCACGCAACGCCCAGCUUGCACGUACCGUAAACGCGGUCCUUUAUAAUUUUUGUUUGCCUUCUAAAUACAUAUAUACAAAUAUCCAAACGCAUACUUAAAACCAUGAAAUUUGUGUUUAUUGUGACGCUGUUGAUCGCAGCUGCUUCGGCGAUGCCACAAUACGGUGGAUAUGGUGGAUAUGGUGGUCCCGGUGGCUUUGGAGGUGGUUUUGGUCGACCUGGUGGUGGAUACGGUGGCUUUGGUGGCUUUGGAGGACCUGGUGGUGGAUUCGGUGGUCACGGCGGCUAUGGAGGUGGUUAUGGACCUGGUGGUUUUUUCGGCUAAAUGCCAGCGACGAGUGUAAUUUAGUUUUUAGUAGAUUUCUGUUAGAUAGUUCAAAUUGUAUGCAGGACGCAUGCACUCAAACACUUACUGCAAGGAAGCUGAACAGCAUUCUGUUUUUUUUGUGAUUUUUA